AUGGGAGGAGCUUCAUCAACGCCACCAAAACCGACGCUCUCGGAACACUCCAAAAAAAUAGCAGAAGAAGUGAAAGAGCAUGCUGUUGUCCUCUACACGAAGGAUGGUUGCGGGUACUGUGUAAAAGCAAAAAAUGAAUUGUACGAAGAUGGAAUUCAUUAUACAGAAAAGAAUCUCAAUACAGUGGCAAAAGUGUUUCCUGAUCCGCAAGAAUACAUUAAGGGAUUGAUGGAUCUUACACGACAACGAACAGUUCCUCAAAUCUUCAUUUGUGGAAAGUUUGUCGGUGGAUACACGGAACUCAAUGCACUCCGACCGAAUCUGGCUAAAAUAUUGGAGACGUGUUCGGUGGACCAUGGGGAGACACUUCGAAGAGAGUUUACAUCGAAGAUAUAA